UGUCUAUAAAAACAAUUAUUCCUUUGACAUCAUAAGAAUCAGUAACAAACUUAGAGAAAAGGUUUAGACUUUGACAAUGGAGGAUGCAGGGGAGAAAAUUAAAGAGAUGACAAAGGAACACAGUUCAAGGUUUAAGAGCAUUUGCGUCUUUUGUGGGAGUAGCAAUGGCAAGAAAGUUAGUUAUCAAGAUGCAGCCAUUGAUUUAGGCAAAGAAUUGGUGGCGAAGAAAGUUGAUCUUGUUUAUGGUGGAGGGAGCAUAGGCUUGAUGGGUUUGGUCUCUCAAGCUGUUCAUGAUGGUGGUCGUCAUGUUAUUGGAGUAAUCCCAAAGCUCCUCAUGUUGCAAGAGAUUACUGGAGAGACAAUAGGAGAAGUGAGGGAAGUUGCAGAUAUGCAUCAGAGAAAAGCUGAGAUGGCUAAGAGUUCUGAUGCUUUCAUUGCUUUACCUGGUGGCUAUGGUACACUAGAGGAGCUACUUGAAGUGAUAACUUGGGCACAACUUGGAAUCCAUGAUAAACCGGUCGGUUUAUUAAACGUUGAUGGAUAUUACAAUGCUUUGCUAUCCUUCAUCGACAAAGCGGUCGAAGAAGGAUUUAUUCUUCCAGCCGCUCGACAUAUCAUCGUAUCCGCGCCAACCGCAAAAGAGUUGUUUGAGAAAUUAGAGGAAUACGUGCCUCAUCACAACAAGUAGACGCAUCAAAUUUGAGUCUCGAGACGAGUCAUAAUGAAAAGUGUUGAAAAUUUGACAUUUUUUCGAUGAUUCACGAUUGAUUAUUUAUUAUAAAAAUCAAUGUUCGGAUUGAAAUAAAGAGCAUAUAUAUAUUGUAAAUAUGUUUUCUGAAAUUUUGUAAUAUACUA